UCUUUCAUUUCUUAGGAAAAAAAAAAAUGGAACUCUCCAAAAUUCUUAUCACUCUUCUUCUACUCCAAGCACUAGUCCCUUCCCACACCUCAUUGAUCGAAGCAGCUCCAAAAAGCUCCAAUCUUUUUCGAGAAUACAUAGGAGCAGAGUUCAACAAUGUCAAAUUCACAGACGUUCCUAUUAAUCCAAACGUAGAUUUCCACUUCAUACUCUCAUUCGCCAUAGACUACGAUACCUCAAGUUCUCCAUCUCCAACUAAUGGAAAAUUCAACAUUUUCUGGGAUUCUGAUAAUCUAUCCCCUUCUCAAGUUUCUUCAAUCAAAAACCAGUAUUCCAAUGUCAAAGUAGCUUUAAGUCUCGGAGGCGAUAGCGUACAAGGCGGAUAUGCAUACUUCAAACCUUCAUCCAUCAAUUCUUGGGUGUCUAAUGCAGUUUCUACACUCUCAAGCAUCAUCAAACAAUACAAUUUAGAUGGUAUCGAUAUCGAUUAUGAACAUUUUGAGGCUGACCCAAAUACAUUCGCAGAAUGCAUAGGUCAACUUAUUACAACACUUAAAAGAAAUGGUGUAAUCUCUUUUGCUUCUAUUGCUCCAUUUGACGAUGAUCAAGUUCAAACCCAUUACAAAGCUUUAUGGAAAAAGUAUGGAAAUGUAAUUGACUAUGUCAAUUUCCAAUUUUACGCGUACGAUAAAGGAACCACAGUAGAUCAGUUCAUAAGCUAUUUUAAGACUCAAAGUGAGAAUUACGAUGGCGGUAAGGUGUUGGUGAGUUUUAUCAGUGAUGGAAGUGGUGGAUUAACACCAGAAGAAGGGUUUUUCACAGCUUGCAAUAGGCUUAAGAGUGAAAAGCAAUUGCAUGGUAUUUUUGUUUGGUCUGCAGAUGAUUCUAAGGCUAAUGGUUUUCGUUAUGAGAAGCAGUCACAGGCAUUAUUAGCAAUACCUCACUGAUCUUGUGCAUGUAUUAUUAUAUAUUUCUCUAUGUUUAGUAUUCUACUGUUAUGUAUCAAUAUAU